CCAGCCACAAACAAAACACUUCUAUCACACUCUAGGCCAUCUUUUCUCUCUUAUUCCACUCACCCACGGAUACACCACCGUCAUCUCCUUGCUUACCAUCGUCUUCCACGGUUCCUAUGGACCAAGUAACGUCUCUUCCAGCUAUUAAUUCCUUUUGCUGUGAACUCUCUGGAAAUAUGGGAAAGCGUAAAGUUGUUGCUCCACCUACCACGUCAUUUAAGAAGGGUGUUGAUAUUUACACUGAUGCUCCUCUCGAAAAGGAAACAAGCAUUGCUGAUAAUGUGUGUGCAUUGCCAGAACAUACAGAAGCAAUUCAGUAUCUCACCACGCACCCUUUUGAGUACCUUUUGGAUCCUGACCCCGAUGAUUAGUUGCGUGUAUAUACAAAGGCAAUGCGAGCUUUUUACUGCACACUUACUAAAGUUUCAGGAGAGGAACACGAGAGUAUGACUGAUGAUCCAAAGUCGUACUUUGUAACUAUUGAGCAACAUGUUAUUCAUUUUUCUACCAUGGACCUAUGUGAGCUAAUUAGGUUUCCUCAGGAAUUUGUCCCCAAUACUGGAUUUGAGCGGUCAACAGUUCCAUUCAUAGCUAAUAUUGUUAUGGCUCUUACCACUGAGACAUAUAAGGGCCAGUGUUUUGUGACACGUUCUCAACUUCCAAAAUCUAUGAGACUUGUUGACACGGUUGUCAAGAGGAAUUUGAUUCAUAAAGGACAUGAUCAGGAACGACAAGGUCCAUUCUUCGAUGUUUUAUAUGCUAUACUUAAGAAAGAGUGGUUUGGCAUCGGUGAGGUCUUUGUGGAACAAAUGCUUUUGGUUAAAAGCAGGUUGGAGAAUCAGUCAAAUCAGUCUCUUCUUUUCCCUCACCUUAUUACUCGGUCGUUGUUGUAGCAUGAUAUUACUUUGCGAGAGAAGCUGACUACUGAUUUCCCUAUGGAAAUUUUCUCUAUGAGCUCAUGGAAUCUGAGCCGCUCAUAUAUGGAUAGGAUUGCUUUGAGAGGUGCUUCAGGUUCUUCUCACUGGAGUUCUAGUGCCCCUACUCUGAUUGAGCGAUUUGAGACUUUGGGGACUAACUCCAUACUAUUGUUGAGGAGCAGGAAAGCUUACGUGCUUUUGUCAUGAAUGGAUUUGAAGAUGUACGAACAGAGUUGACACUGCUUAGAGCUAGCCAGGAGGCACUUAUGGUUUUCUUGGGGUGUCGACCACCCGAUGUUCCACCUCUACCGUGAUUACUCUCAGGUUGUGUUGUUCCCACUUUUGUGUUUUUCUUUGUUUUAUCUUUUACGCAUUGGGGAUACUGCGAUGUCUAAGUGUGGGGGGUGACUUUUGGAUUCGAGACAUGAUAUGUAUUAAUUGCUAUCUUCUUUCGAUGGGCAUGUAUCCGGAUCUCUUAAAUUAGUAGUAUCUGGUAGUGUGAAAAAAAUAUAUAUUGUGACGUUUGUGGGUAUCGUCCUAGUAAGCCCUCACGAGACUAUAACUCGUCCACUAGGGACACCUAGGGGUUUAAAGGCUUGUGGUAUACGCUAAAUACCAUCGUGAUUCCCUACGACAACGGGCUAUUAGGAUUAGGUAGAGUCUUUAUUUGAGAAUUUUGGAUUCCUAAACUCCUUCGCAAUGAUGAAAUUGAUUU